AGGUAGUACACGCACUCAGACACCUCAAUACCUGAGAUAUGUGCACCAAGCAAAGCUGGUAUGUAUAUAUCUAAGUACUACCAUGCUGCUCUAGCAGGACCCCAGCACAGACAGCACGUGCCUGGAGCCGCCACAUAGGCUGGUGAAAUGCAUCGUCUGCCACCACGAUUCACAACAGGGACAGCAGAGUAGGUACCCAGUAUUCUCCCAUUGUUCUUCAACGCUGAACUGUGCAUAGCUCUCGAUAAAUUGGACAUUCUUCACUGAGGUUCACAGAAGAGUUGCUGUGGUGUCGUAAAUUGGAGGAGGAUAUUGGGGCAGGCCCGGGGUGAGUUGUGUCAGUCAGCGUUCAUGCCAGAGUGCCUACGAUAGCUUAUUGCUUCGCUACAGUCGUGGAGGACUUCACUUCGGAAGACUUCAUUGCGACGAUUCGUCGUCGCUAUGUCUUCACGCAAAGGUCUCUUCCUGCUAGUCUGGGUAUUCUUCGUUCAUCUCGCCGGGCUCUAUCUCUACACGCGCGGAUUCCUUUUAACUCGGCUUGCGCUUUCAGAAAGGACUACCUGUCAUGACGGCUUGUGCACGCUGGCGCCGACGCACAAGCGAGCGAUCGUCCUGAUCAUCGACGCAUUGCGUUCGACUUCGUCAGGUCUCACCACGGGCUCUCUGCCCACAUUCAUCGACAUGGGCGCAAAUUUCGGGGGCGCGUCCGUCGCGGAGGACACUCUCAUUAGCCAGCUGCGAGAUGCAGGGAAGAAACAAGACUCCUCUGCUCCGCGGACGAACUCCGCCCCGCUGUCCCUGCUCCCCACCCGGCUCUUCCCCGGUGCUACGGUACCCCACAGGUCCGUCCAGCAGAUCGACCUCGUUCCUUCCUUAGCACUGCUUCUCGGGAUCCCCAUCCCCUAUAACAACCUCGGGACCGUCAUCCCUGAGCUCUUCGGCCGCGAUGGGCAGCUCGAACGCGCGCUCGAGCUUAACAGUCAGCAAGUGAAGCAGUACCUCGAUACUUACCGCGCAAGCGCAUCCGGCGGCGAGCUCGAUGGUGCCUGGGGCGACUUACAAGAGCGAUGGACCGCUGUACAGAACACGAGGGGCGACGAGACUCAGUGGAUCGCCAUGGAAGCUUACACGCGCUUCGCGCUCGCGGUGUGUCGUGAGCUCUGGGCCCAGUUCAACGUCACGCUCAUCGGCCUGGGGCUGACGGUGCUGGCGGUGGGCACUUUCGCCUCCGUUGUGCUCUACGCAAAGUUGGGCGAGCUCAAGGAAGACUGGGUGGACUGGGCUGCGAAGGCACGCUGGUUGUGCGUGCGCGGGAUGGCUGCAGGGUCAAUCCUCGGUGUCCUGGCUUAUCUCCCGCUGCGGUCCUUCGUAAAGGGACUCGACGCCCUUCACUGCGUCUUAUUUGGCGCCCCGUUAGUCUCGUCGCUCGUCGUCAUUGCCACCGCCCGGCCCUCACUAUCCAGCCUCCGCCCCACGGCGUCGCUCAUCCCACUUAUCCUCCACGCGCUCGCCUUCGCCUCGAACUCAUUCACGAUCUGGGAGGACCGCAUCAUCACCUACCUGCUCCUCUCCUCCGUCGCACCCUCGGUCCUGGCCGGACUCUCCGCGCCCACCGCGCGCCUGCGGUACCGCAUCCUCGGGUUCUCCGCGCUGUUCGCCUUCUGCGUGCGCGCGAUGGCGGCGAGCACGGUCUGCAGGGAAGAGCAGCACCCGUACUGCCACGUCACGUUCUUCGCGUCGUCCUCGCUCCCCGAGCCGCCGCUGCUCGUCCUCGUCCUCGCCGUGCCCGUCGCGCUGGGGCUGCCCUGGGCUGUACGCUGGUUCUGCAGAUGUCCAAGUCGGACAAUGGCGUUGCGGAGAUUGUGCUCCCGUGGCUCCUCCCUGUCGCGCUUCUACAAGGCGCGGCGCACUGGAUCGCGGAGUGGCUGGACACGGCAGACGUGCUCGGUUCGGAGUGGCAUUGGGUUCUGCGUACCGGCCGCACGCUGAUGGCUCAGGGCGCGAUGGGCAGCAUGUCAUCUUCGGUCUUUCGUGUGGUGGUACCACCCGCUCUGCCUGUCGUCAGUGCACGGAACAAGGAGCGCAGUCAGGCCGCUGGCAAGAGAAGCAAGACCAGGACGCAGGUCACGAUCCUCGGCUUCGGCAACGCCUUCGGCGCCUCGUACCUCGUCCUGUGGUGCGGGAUCUCGGGCUGAUAUACACCGUGACGCAGCUGACGGGCCAGCUCGUACUCGCGCUGGCGGCCCUCGCUGUCCUCGCGCACGUCGAGGUCGUCGAUAGCGUGCGCGACGUGCGCGCGCUCGAAGCCGCGUUCGCGUCCAAGACACCCUCCGCCGCGCUCGACGCGGACGCGCGGCCCACCGCGACGGUCGCGUUCUCGGAG